GGCGGCUUGUAGGCGCGCGCGCGCGCGCGCCUCCGGGCCGCCCUGGGGGCGAUUCGGCGCAGGCCCCAGGGCCGCGUCAGGCGGCGCCAUGGCGGCCAUGGACGUCGGAAAGAGGAUGAUGGAGAAGAUGGGCUGGAGCAAGGGCCAGGGUCUCGGCAAGGACAAGCAGGGCAUGACUAGCUGCAUCAUCAUGACCAAGAGCAAAGGCAGCAAUACGCAGGGCCGCAUCGAGACCGCCGCACCUAUCUUCAAGAACAAAAAGGAGAAAGCAGAGGUCAAGAAGGAGGCAUUUUCCUGGCCUAUCCUACCUUCUCGCUUACAGCUGCCAGACGACUCAGCUGUGGGACUGAUGCGACAUGGGAGGCUCGUAUGAUUGAGUGCUGC